UAUGCUUGCGCUCUGACAAGAAGAACACAAAUAAGCAGAAGCAUCAUGAUGAUGGAAGUGCGAGCGAGGACUUAGCGUUAAGAUACGACGAAGACAUCAAGACAUGAAAGAUUUUCCUUGAAACUGACUGUUUCUGUUUACUCACAACAUGCGUUAAUGCUGAUCUUUCUGUAGGAAACGUAGAAACGUAGUUGUCUUUAACACUCACGCCAAGAUGCCGUCGCCACACGAGAAGCUGGGCAGGGGAAGGUCCUGGAUGUGGUGUGUCAAGACUGUGAAAUGGUUCCCAGUCAUCUUUAUAGUGUCUGUGAUUCUGUGGUCUUACUACGCUUAUGUCAUCCAGUUAUGUUUUUUCGUUAUUCCAUUUGGUCUCCAGAAAGCUCUUUACAUAAUCCUGUAUCAUGGUUUCCUCUUCUUCUUCUUGUGGUCAUAUUUUCAAACCAUCUUUACAUCGAACGGGAGAGUUCCAGUGCAGUUUCGUCUUCCUGCCACAGAGCUUGAUAGAUUAAUGCAGGCUGAAAGUGAUGAAGCCAAGAUCCAAGUCGUCAAAAGAUUCGCUCAGAACCUGCCUGUCAGCAACAGAACUACCACUGGUGCCAUACGCUUUUGUGAAGUAUGUCAACAUGUAAAGCCGGAUCGAGCUCAUCAUUGCAGUGUUUGUGGUGAUUGUGUUCUGAAGAUGGAUCAUCAUUGUCCUUGGGUUAACAAUUGUGUAUCUUUCAGCAAUUACAAGUUUUUCAUACUAUUUCUUGGCUAUGCCUUGAUUUAUUGCCUUUUCAUAGCUUUAACAACGCUCCAGUUCUUCAUUAAGUUUUGGAAGGGUGAGAUGGAUGGAGUAAGUCACUUCCACAUCCUCUUACUGUUCUUUGUAUCGAUCAUGUUUGCAUUGAGUUUGGUGUCUCUGUUUGGAUAUCAUCUGUACCUUGUUGCCCACAACAGAACUACUCUUGAAUCAUUCCGUCCACCUGUUUUCCAAAUUGGACCAGACAAAAAUGGAUUUAGCUUGGGCAAGUUCAACAACUUCCAAGAAGUGUUUGGAGACAAUAAGAAGACCUGGCUUCUUCCUGUCUAUUCGAGUUUGGGCGACGGUGUGGUGUUUCCCGCGAGGGCGCAGCACCAGUCUAACUUGUACAGCUCAAUGGGCAGUACCCACAACAGCCUAGGUGAUGGUGUGACAUAUCCCCAGCGCUGCAUUGAUGAAGACACAGAUACACUUCUUGGAGGGUGCCAGAGAUGGGAUGAUCAGGAAAAUGGCUGCUCAAGAUGGAAUGAUCCAGAAGAAGCAUUCAGCAGAAUAGCAUUCAGUGAGCAUGCUGAUUCUGAUUCAUCAACGGUCCAUCCAGAGAUUAUGAUUGUGGAUUGAAACUUUGUCAUCUUAUGAGUGCAUUACUUAUCUCCAAUGGAGAUGAAGAGUAUCUUCCCAUUACUUUAUGCGACCACCUUAUUGGGUUAACGAGGACAAAAUUGAGUUAAAUAUUUUUCAGUUCUGUUGUGACUAACAAUGUUGCAUCUAAGGUUUCCAAUGCUUUAGAUCAAAGAUUUUUUUUGGUAAACUAUCUAAAAUAGAUGCCCAUUGCCUGAUCUCUUCCCACAAACAUUAGAAUACUAUGGGAUCAUUUCCCUGUAUUUUAGAAUCUCACAACAGAACCAGAAUGACAUACUGAGGCUGCACAGUAUGAUUUUCUUGUACCUUAUAACACAGCUAAAUAUGCAGGCCUUUCACAGUUUAAGUUAUGUGUUAUUUUUCACCUCAGCCUGAUGCAAGCAAAUCAGGCUGCCACCCACCAAUAGACUAGUCUAGCCACAGACAAUACACAAAGACUGAUAAAAAUUGUGUGCAUUGCCUAAAAUUAUCCUAAACAAUAUUUAUCUUGAUUAAAAAAACGUGCGCAUAUA